AGACAUAUCUCCAUAAAUAAGAGCUUUAACCUUAAGAUGAAGAGGCGUCUGCAGCCAUGCCACUGAGAAAGAGUAAAGAUAAAGAGCUUCAGCCAGCCCAGGUUGAACAUGCAAAUGACAGUCCACUCCACUUUGAGGGUGAAAAUGAUCCCAUUACUUUUCUCCCAGUGUCACCUUUGGCAGAACGGUCCUAUGAGAAUCCAGUAUUUAAAGAGAAAGAGGCAGACCGUGGGGCUGACUUUGCUAAGUCAAGUAAUAUGUUUAGAGAUAUGAUGGAUCGUCUGGAUAUAGCAUUCAAAGAAAAGAACCAGACUAUGCAGAGACUUGUUGAGAGUCAAGCAGAGUUUGCCAGACGUCAGGAAGAGAUAAUCAGACAAUGUAUGGAAGAGAUGAUACGGGUCUUUGAAGAAGGCACUAGGGUGAUGCGAGAAACUGGGGAAAAAAGUCGUAGAAUACUGCAGGCUGUUUCAAAACAAGUGGUUGAGCCAGUGCAACAGCCCAGACCUGAGAUCCUUCUUCCAGUCGUUGAAAUGCCCAGACAGAUUCAGGAAGCCCCAAUCCCAGCACUCGGGGGGCAAGGGAAUCAGCCUCAUCCCAAUAUUCAACAGCAGCACUUUGUCAUUGGUGAAGAGCAAAGACAACACCAAUUGAUGGAGGCUACUACUCCUGUUGCAGACCAUGGUCAUCAACCUCAGCAUAAGUAUAUUCUGCCAACUAGGAAGGGAAAUGUGGGUCCUCAUCAUCAACCUUGUCCAAGGGACUUUUUCCAGCCACAAGUUCCUCCAGCUCAGCCAGUACGGCGUGGUCUGCAGAAUCAACCAGUUCAAUUCUUCAAUAGAGACCAUGGGCCAGCCUUGAGGCCAUUGGAAAAGAUUGAUAAGGGUAUCUUGAGAUUUCCAGAUAAAGCAAAAGAGGCCAUGGGAGUAGAUGCAGACCCUUUUCCAACUGUGUCUGUUGGCGUGAAUAUUGCAGACCUCAGGAGUGUUGCCAGAAAUCGUAGUCUGCCUUAUGCUCAAAGAAACCUUGCUGCAGAGGAUUUGAGGUGGUUUCUUGAGGCACAGAGAUCCAGACAUAGCAGGAGCAUUAGGUCAGACCAACAAAGGCUCGGGGGGCAAGAAAGGAUCACUGUGACUAGGAACUUCGGUCCAGAAGGUGCCAGACGUUAUUCAACUGGUACUAGAUCUCCAAGGAUGGUCAAACCGCCACUCAGGUCACCUUCUAGACGGUGGGAGAAAAUCAGUCAUCCCAAGUUUCCAGCCCAAAAUCCCAGAACCUUGAGGCGCAGACUGCAGCGUAAGAGGGCUGAAGAGCGAAAAAGACACCAGAAGCAGGUGGAGGCUGAAGGAAGUUCAUCUCACAGACCACGCCAACCUACCAAAAGGAAUAUGGUCUGGGUGAGAAAAGAGAAAAAGGAGGUUGUAACCCAGACUCUACAGAAGGAAGAUGACCAAUCUUCAGCCUCUUCAAAGGUGGCGUCUGUCAUUGUGAGUCCAGACGGAGUUUUGAAAGCAACUUUUGAAGCACAAGAACAGUUUGGGAAUCGUGGAGCUGAAUCAAAAGAAAAUGGCACUAUUCAUUUUGGGGAAUUUUCAGUGAAUUUGUCAUGUCUGGUGUUGACAUUACCCUUGGUUUUCCAAGCCAAGAAGGAGGAGGAACCAAUCGUCUGUGAGUUCCCAGAACAGACAGAAGAAGAGGUAAUUGUUGUUCCAGCUCAGGAUGAUGAAGAGGAGGACAUGGCUGACAAAAUUGUGUUUGAAAAACCAGAAGAAAAGAUGGCCAAACACAUUAGGCCACUUUAUAUCAAUGCUCACAUGGAUGGGACUCCAAUCAGCCGUGUCUUGGUGGAUAAUGGAGCUGCAAUCAAUGUCAUUCCAACUUGCAUGCUCUAUAAAAUAGGCAAGUCUCUUGAUGAUUUAGUGCAUACUGAGGUUACAAUUAGUGAUUUUACAAGAGGGGUGAAUCAUUCAAGGGGUGUGCUGCCUGUUGAAUUAACAGUGGGAAAUAGGACACUGAUGUCUGCGUUUUUUGUGGUGGAUACUGUUGCUACUUAUAAUGCACUUUUGGGGCGGGAUUGGAUUCAUUCAAGUUGGUGUGUCCCUUCUUCACUUCACCAGAAACUGAUUUUCUGGAAUGGUGGCAAGGCUGAGGUCGUGUCUGCAGAUGAUAAGCCUUUUUCAGCCAACACUCACCUAGUGGAGGCUAGAUAUUAUGAAGAAAACAUUGGUACCAUUCGAUUUUUUGGGAUGGAUAGACAUGGGAAACCGAUUGGGAUAACAACAUGCAGCAGAUUGUCUUUGUCUAAGCUUGCUGUGGAGGAAGAGAUAACAAAGAAAUUAGCGGCCUAUUUUGCUGAAAAAGCAGUUCAAGUAGACAGAUCUGAAAUUGUUCAUGAAAGUGAGGAGGCAGACCGAGGUGAUGAAAUAACUUUGGAGGAGCUGGAUCUUGCCCCAGCCAAGUUGGAUGACUUAAAAGCUGAAGUUCAAGACCCACUGGAGGAGAUCAAUCUAGCGUCUGAAAGUGAACCAAAGGUAACAUUUAUCAGCGGCUCUCUUGAGCCGCAGACACGAGAUGAAAUUGUCAGACUUUUGCAUGAAUUUAAAGAUUGUUUUGCUUGGGAUUACUCAGAAAUGCCAGGUCUGGAUCGAAAAUUGGUGGAACAUAAACUGCCAAUUGCAGAAGGAUUCAGACCGUAUAAACAGCCACCCAGACGCAUGUCUGCAGAGAUCACUUUGAAGGUGAAAGAAGAAAUUGAGCGGCUGGAUGAGUAUCCUAUGCCAAUUGCAGACUUGUUGAUUGAUGGAGUAGCCCGUCACAAAAUUCUAUCUUUCAUGGAUGGUCAUAGUGGGUACAACCAAAUUUUUAUUGCAAACGCAGACGUUCCUAAGACAACCUUUCGAUGCCCAGGUGCUGUUGGAACUUUUGAAUGGGUUGUGAUGCCAUUUGGUCUGAAGAAUGCUGGAGCCACCUAUCAAAGAGCCAUGAAUUCAAUUUUUCAUGAUAUGAUUGGUAAAUUCAUGGAAAUUUAUAUUGAUGAUGUUGUGGUGAAAUCAAAUGGGGAAGCACACCACCUGGUUCAUUUGAGGAAGUCUUUUGAGCGGAUGAGGCAACAUGGCUUGAAAAUGAACCCACUAAAGUGUGCCUUUGGAGUGUCUGCUGGUAACUUCCUUGGGUACUUGGUGCAUGAGUGUGGUCUGGAGGUUGACAAGAACAAAGCCAGGGCUAUGAUUGAGGUGAAACCACCACAAAACAAGAAGGAGUUGCAAAGAUUUCUUGGCCAAGUUAAUUUCUUAAGACGUUUCAUUUCUAACUUGGCUGGGAAAACCAAAGUCUUUUCUCCUCUGUUGAAACUCAAAUCUAAGGCGGAUUUUAAGUGGGAAGAACACUACCAGUCUGCCUUUGAUAUGAUAAAGCGGUACUUAUCCAGACCACCAGUACUUGUACCGCUUGUGAAAAAUAAGCCUUUAAUUUUGUAUAUAUCCGCCGCAGACGAGUCCAUAGGAUGUCUGCUGGCGCAAGAAAAUGAUAAAAAACAGGAGCAGGCUGUGUAUUACUUGAGUCGAUGUUUGACCCAGACCGAAGUGAAAUACUCUUCGGUCGAAAAGUUGUGUCUUGCUCUCUUUUUUGCUGCAAUAAAAUUAAGACAUUAUUUGAUUUAUUCUGAGGUGUAUGUGGUUGCCAAGACUGAUAUUGUCAAAUAUAUGUUGUCCCGCCCUUUGUUAAGAGGCCGAAUAGGUAAAUGGAUUCUGGCCUUGUCUGAGUUUAAUUUGAAGUAUAUACCACAGAGGGCUGUCAAAGGGCAGGCACUGGCAGACUUUCUUGCAGAUCAUCCAUGUCUGGACGUGGAGGCAGAUGAAGAAAAAGGGAUUAACUUUACAGAAACCAUGUCUGGAGCUGGAGUCAUGAUAAUUUCCCCGUCUGGGCUGAAAACACAGAUGUCUUUCCAGCUGGAUUUUAAUUGCACAAAUAAUCAAGCAGAAUAUGAAGCUUUGAUUAUUGGUCUUGAGAUGUUGGUGGAGCUUAAAGUAUCUAUGGUUGAGGUUAUAGGGGAUUCACAGCUAGUUUUGAAGCAAUUGUCUAGUGAGUACAAAUGUACUAGCCUUGCUUUAGCCCCUUAUUUUGCCUUGGCUGUGCAAUUGCUGGAAGAAUUUGAUGACGUGUCCAUCAGACAUGUGCCUAGAGACCAGAACUAUGAAGCUAAUGAAAUGGCUCAGAUUGCUUCAGGUCUGCGAAUUCCUGAAGCAUUGAUGUUACCCAGACGGACUAGCGCUUUCCAAUUAUUCAGUACCUUAAGGAUCAAAGCAUUAAGGAGAGGCAAUGAUGAACUACUGUUGCGUUGUCUGGGUCCAGAUGAAAGUUUCCAGAUGCUGUCUGAUGUCCAUGAUGGGAUUUGUGGAGCACAUCAGCCAUUUCGAGGCUGGGCUAUUGACUUAAUUGGUAAGGUGUAUCAUCUUUCAUCAAAAGGUUAUUCAUUUAUUAUAGUGGCAACGGAUUAUUUUACCAAAUGGGUGGAGGCUAAACCAAUAAAGAAGGUAGACCAAUCUGAUGUAAUCAAGUUCAUCAAAGAGGACAUUAUUCGCAGAUUUGGUCUGCCAAAAACAAUUACAACAGACCAAGGCACAGUUUUUGUCAGCCAUCAAGUGGAGGCAUUUGCAAAGGAAAUGGGUUUCCGUCUGUUAAAUUCUACUCCUCAUUAUGCACAUGCUAAUGGGCAAGCGGAGGCUUCUAACAAGGUGGUGAUUAAUUUGCUUGAAAAAAUGGUGGAUGACAAUCCCAGACGCUGGCAGGAAUUAUUGUCUGAAACACUGUGGGCUUAUAGAACUUCACAAAGGAGUUCAACCAAAAUGACACCUUUUGCCUUGACAUAUGGCCAUGACGCAGUCUUGCCAAUGGAGCUAACAGCCAAGUCUUUAAGGGUGGUGAUUCAACAUAAUCUCCAAUCUGGAUAAUACGAUGAGGCCAUGAUGCUUGAGCUUGAGGACCUUGAAGACUCACGUUUGAUAGCUUUGGAUAGAUUGCAAGCUCAAAAACUCAAAAUUGCAAAGUCUUACAACAAGAGAGUAAAAGGUAAAAAUCUGGCGGUUGGUGAUUUGGUCUGGAAAGCAAUUUUACCUCUUGGCAAGAAAGAUCACAGAUUU